CGCCAUUUCCCAGACGAGUGGAGCAGUUCGAAAUCAAGAAAGACAAGAGCGACACAUUUUGUUUCUGAUCUCAAAUCUCUAUGACUUUGAAUAACUGUGAAUCUUGUUGCACUUUCGCCGCUGAAAAGGUCCCCUUGUUUUCUUUUUUCGUCGAGCAGCGAGCGGCAGCCCCGUCCCGAGAGUAAACAACAAUGGCGGCGCACAUGCUCGUUCGUCUCCGUCUGCCAGCGACAUGUUGACAUUGGUUAUUCUGCACUGUUUCACCCUAGAAUCCAGUAGUGUCCUGUAAUUGAACGCAAACAACUGUGCAUAUCCAGGCAAAUACCUGGCGUUGAUGUGGAGUCGUUCGUCAGACUGCAUGUUCCGUUCUAACCUCUUCUUCUCUCAUGGAGGGUUCUAAUGGGGUCCAAGUUAUUUUGGAUGGGAUAGAAAAUAAUCCCAGCUGUCCCCAUGGUGUGUUCAAAGAGACCAACUAUUCUCUUCAAGCGAACAAUUGACGGAGAGGAGCAAAAGUUUUAUGCAUGUGCAGCAUGUCGAGACAGGAAAGAUUGUAACUUUUUUCUAAAGCAAGGAGAUGAGUGGACAUCACAGAAGCAGGCCCAUUGGGACACAAGGAGAAAGCACAUCCUGCCCUCCAUUGACCGUCGCCAGCUAUCGGAACGUUUGCAGAUUAGAGAAGAUCCGUAAAAUUCAAUCCAAAGACCGGAGCUACUGUCAUUCCUGCAAUCUGUUGCUAACGUCUGAAGAAAGGAGUAGCCAUGCUGAUCAUGAUGUUACAGAUAAAAUUUCUGACUAUCAGCUUUCUCAUCCUUCAGAGAUCAUGAAGCCUUUGGAAAGUGCAAAGAAGGAAGCCCAAUACCUUUUUGCAAAGCGGUCAACCCAGGCCAUCGUUAAUAUGUUGCGCAGUGCUGGAAUUCGUUCUGUGCUUUGCAUAGGGGCGCCCCGAAUACACGAGUUUGUACGGGCCACUCACUCCUCUGACAUGAAAAGUCUGUUGUUGGAUUUUGACCAUCGAUAUCACCAGUUUUAUGGAGACAAAGAAUUCUCGUGGUUCAAUGCUUUUAACUGCCAUUGGUUUUUGGAGGAUGAAGGAAAAACCUCAACUCUAGAAUUUAUGAGGCAGGCAGGAGAGAAUGAGUUGGCGAUUGUGACAGACCCUCCUUUUGGGGGACGUGCAGAACCGCUUGUUUAUACAUUCCAACGUCUUGAUGUGUUUCACAAGGAGUUGCAUCCGGAUAGAAAUGGUGCCCUGUCCUUGAUGUGGAUAUUUCCAUAUUUUAUGGAGCCCAUGAUAUUAGAUAGUAACCCUAGUAUGUCAAUGCUGGACUAUAAAGUAGAUUAUGACAACCACCCACUCUUCCAGCAGGGUCAUAAGGGUCGUAAAUAUGGAUCCCCAGUCAGAAUAUUUACCAACAUACUUCCUUCCAAGCUUCCUUUGCCUGAAGAAGAGGGUUACAGGUUCUGUGAUUUUUGUGAGAAGUGGGUUAGCUCAGAAAAUAAACAUUGCUUUAAAUGUAGUAGUUGCACGUCAAAGGAUGGCCGAACAUAUGUACAUUGUGAUAGAUGUGCUAGAUGUGUGAAGCCGUCUUGGAAGCACUGCAAAGAAUGCAAACGGUGCUGCCUUCCGGACCACAAAUGUGGUGACUUCAAGCCAGCUGGUUGCUUUUUGUGCCACAAACCUGGCCACAAGAAAAAUGAGUGUCCUAUUAGGACUAAUUCGGAGGAUGCAGACAGUGCGAACAGACAAAGAGUCAGGAAGAAAAUAAAGGUUCAAUCUUCGAGUGGAGAAGAAGGUAAAACAAUGGGAAAACAUAAUUUUGGAAAAAGAAAAUAUCAAUCUAAUGAAAAAAAUAUUAAGAAGAGGAAGGUAUAAAAUAAAUUUGCCUUGUAGAUUGGUUUGAAAUAUAUCAACUGUCAGGUGCCUUUAUUAUCUAA